CAUGGCCGAAUGCCGAUGGGGUCCAUCUGGGUAGGGCCAAUGGCGCCCUCGAUGGCUCAUAACUUUUAUGCUCGGUCGGCACUUACCUACUGGAGGCGAGCCCAGGAACUGGUUGCUUCAACUUCUCGGGCAAGACUACAUCCGGUCACAUCGAAAAUUCGUGGACCUCGCCCCUGGAGUGGAUCGGCUCCACAUGGAGAUUAGGUGUACGAUAUCUAUGGGCGUGGCCGCAACCUUGCGUAGACGUUGGAGGAUAUGAACUACUAAUGUCGACUACGCCCGUGUCGUAGUGACCUUGCGUCCAUAUUUUGAUUCACUUAGUCAUUCGUUUGCCCCAGACGAGGGUGCCCUUUCCAACCAUGAAUCCAUCCCACAAGGAUGGAGCAGACGGGGAUGACCUCACCCUGCAAAUUACAAGGACCCAGACCGCAUCAAGUGUGGUCACUAAUGAGCAACGUCGGGCCCUUACUAACAUCGCGUCCGAGUUACACACCGAAUCUCUUGCGGCUGUCAUCACCAACGAAAAGGCGUUGGAUCCAGACAGUCCUCAGUUCGACCCAUACAAAUGGGCCAAGGUAACAAUCCGGGCCUUGGACGCGGAGGAUAUCGAUGCCCGCCAGCAAGGCAUUCUGUUCGAAGAUCUAAGUGUCCAUGGAUCUGGAUCCUCACUUCACCUACAGCAGACCGUUCUUUCUACUCUUUCGGCUCCGUUGACAUUGGCCGCAUCCGCCUUUCGCAAAAAGGAGAGCACUCGCCGGACGAUCCUACACAACCACGAUGGCCUGCUGGAGAGUGGGGAACUCCUGCUCGUUUUGGGUCGACCUGGUAGCGGAUGCUCUACCUUCUUGAAGACCAUCAGUGGACAUUUGAACGGCCUCGACCUGGACCCUCGCAGCAAUGUCCAGUACAAAGGAAUCGCAUUUCCCCAGAUGAUCAAGGAAUAUCGCGGCGAAAUCUUGUACAAUCAAGAAGUCGACAAGCACUUCCCACACCUGACUGUUGGCGAGACCCUCGAAUUUGCUGCCCACGCACGAGCACCCCAGAACCGGAUCGGAGGAAUGAGUCGAGCUGAAUACGUCAAAACUAGGGUGCAGGUGAUCAUGGCAUUUUUCGGGCUUUCGCAUACAUAUAACACGAAGGUGGGGAAUGAUUUCAUCCGCGGUGUUAGUGGUGGUGAACGAAAGCGAGUGAGUAUUGCCGAAAUGGCUCUAUCGCGUGCUCCUAUUGGGGCCUGGGACAACAGUACCCGAGGCCUCGACGCUGCAAUGGCCCUAGAGUUUGUCCAGGCCCUUCGCCUUUCUUCUGAUCUUGUCGGCGCCGUUCAUGCCGUUGCCGCGUACCAAACAUCCGAGUCCAUGUACGGGUUAUUUGACCAGGUUGUGGUGUUGUAUGAGGGUAGACAGAUCUACUACGGCCCGAGCGAGGGGGCAGCCCAGUACUUUGAAGAAAUGGGCUGGGAACGACCACUAAAACAAAUAACCCCUGACUUCUUAACGUCAGUCACAAAUCCCCGGGAAAGAGUGGCUCGGCGGGAGAUGGCAGACAAAGUCCCACGGACACCAGCGGAAUUUGAGGCCUAUUGGAAGAAGAGCCCACAGUACCAAGCCCUACGGACCAAGAUGCAGGUUUACAAAGAAAAGUAUACUCCAGACGCCCAAUGGGAGAACAGGUUUGGAACUAGCAAGCAGGCACAGCAAGCGAACCAUGUUCGCCCUAAGAGUCCUUAUCUCCUGUCCAUUCCCAUGCAGAUCUCCUUGUGUCUUCGCCGAGCCUACCAGAGGACACGGAACGACCUUCCCACCACUUUGAUUACCGUCUUUGUCCAAAUCGCACUCGCAUUGAUUAUUGGGUCAAUCUUCUACAACACACCAAACGCCUCAGCUGGCUUCUUCCAGAAAGGGGCCACGCUAUACUUCUCGGUCCUUAUGAACGCCCUGAUUACCAUCAACGAGAUCAUGUCACUAUACGCCCAACGCCCAAUUGUUGAAAAACAGGCUGGAUACGCAUUCGUUCAUCCUUUUGCCGAAGCGCUGGCAUCGAUCAUUCUCGAUCUUCCUAUAAAAGUGUUCAGAUGUGUCUGCUUCAGCAUCAUCCUCUACUUUAUGUCAAAUCUACGGCGAGAGCCAUCCCAAUUUUUCAUUUACAUCCUAUUUUUAAUUACAACCAUUGUCACAAUGUCCGGCAUCUUCCGAAGCCUUGGUGCUCUAACCAAGAGCAUUGGACAGGCUAUGGCAAUGGCAGGUAUUUCAGUCAUAUGUAUGGUCGUGUACACAGGCUUUACCCUGCCUCAGCCGUACAUGCAUCCAUGGUUCAGUUGGAUUAGAUGGAUCAACCCCAUCUUCUACUCGUUCGAAGGCCUGGUCGCAAACGAGUUCCAUGGACGGAAUUUCGAAUGUUCGGAGUUCAUCCCCAACUAUGCUACUCUCACUGGAGACUCCUUCGUCUGCUCUGCAGUGGGUGCAGUGGCAGGUGCGCGAACAGUUUCGGGAGACGAGUUUAUUUCACUCAACUACGAAUACACAUACAAGCAUCUUUGGAGGAAUUACGGAAUCUUGAUUGCGUUCUUGGUCUUCUUCAACACGCUCUAUCUCACAGUUACUGAGCUCUCUCCCGGCACGGCACAAACGGCUGAAGCAUUGGUCUUCCGUCCUGGACAUGUGCCGGCCCAUAUGUUGAAUGACGAAGAAGCUGGAGCGGAACCUGCACAGGUGACUUCCGAAGGAACGGGGGAUUCUGACCUCGGAACGACAGAAAUUCCGCAGCAGAAGGAAAUCUUUACCUGGAAAAACCUGUGUUAUGAUAUCCCAGUGAAGGAAGGGACACGGCGGCUUCUGGAUGAUGUUAGUGGUUUCGUCAAGCCAGGAACUUUGACAGCUCUUAUGGGUGUCAGUGGAGCUGGUAAAACAACUCUCUUGGAUACCUUGGCGCAAAGGGCCUCACUCGGAGUCAUCACCGGCGAGCUUUUUGUCAAUGGCAGAGAGCUGAACGAGAGUUUUCCUCGCAAAGUGGGUUAUGUUCAACAACAGGAUAUGCACUUGGCUCAGUCAACAGUCCGUGAGGCACUUCGUUUCAGCGCCGUUAUGCGCCAGCCGAAGUCCGUUCCGUUACAGGAGAAAUACGACUACGUGGAAGAGGUGAUCAAGAUGCUCGACAUGGAAGACUUCGCAGAGGCCGUGGUCGGAAAUCCUGGUAAUGGUUUGAACGUAUGCCAAAGAAAGCUCCUGAGUAUUGGUGUCGAAUUGGCAGCCAAGCCUGAGCUACUGAUCUUCUUGGAUGAACCUACUAGUGGUCUCGACUCGCAGAGUGCAUGGGCUAUUUGUGACUUUAUGAAGAAGCUUGCGCACCACGGACAGGCUGUGUUGGCCACCAUUCAUCAGCCUAGUGCUUUGCUCUUUGAGCACUUUGAUCGACUACUGUUCCUGGCCAAGGGUGGUAAAACCGUAUACUUCGGCGACAUUGGGCAGCGAUCGCAGACGUUGUUGGACUAUUUCCAAAGCAACGGUGCUCGGCGUUGUGAAGCCACCGAGAAUCCCGCUGAAUACAUGUUGGACAUCAUCGGUGCUGGUGCUUCUGGAAAGUCGACCAUCGACUGGGUUCAAACCUGGAAUAACAGCCCCCAGCGCAAAGAUCUCUAUGCUGAGUUGGAUCGCAUCUGCCAGCAGGGCUCAUCGGUCCAGCCUCGUGAUGAAAGCAACACGGAGUUCGCAAUGCCACUUUACAGCCAAUUCUACUAUGUGACCCUUCGAGUCUUCCAGCAGUACUACCGGCAGCCCGAAUAUGUCUUGGCCAAAUUCGUUCUCGGUAUUGUAUCUGGUCUGUUCAUUGGCUUUUCAUUCUGGCAGUCCAACGACUCCCAGCAAGGGUUUCAGAACGUUCUUUUCAGCUUGUUCUUGCUAUGUACCAUCUUCACCACCUUGGUUAACCAAAUCAUGCCCCAUUUCGUCGCGAACCGUGCUCUUUACGAAGUUCGCGAACGGCCAUCCAAAGUCUACUCCUGGAAAAUCUUCAUCAUCGCCCAGUUUCUCGCCGAAAUCCCCUGGCACAUUCUCCUCGCCAUCUGCGCCUGGGCCUCCUUCUACUUUGCCGUCUUUGGAGCCGACCAGGCUUCCGACCGCAAGGGUCUGGUUCUCCUCUUUGUCAUCCAAUUCUACAUCUUCGCCUCCACUUUCGCCCAAUUCAUCAUCAGCGCCCUUCCCGACCCCGCCCUCGGUGGUAUGCUCGCCGUCUUCAUGUUCGGUCUCUCCCUGAUCUUCAACGGCGUUAUGCAGCCACCAUCUGCCCUCCCGGGCUUCUGGAUCUUCAUGUGGCGCGUCUCCCCAUUAUCAUACUACAUCAGCGGAAUAGCCAGUACCGCUCUCCACGGCCGUCCAAUCGUCUGCUCAAAGAGCGAGCUCAGCGUCUUCAAUCCCCCAUCCGGUCAGACGUGCGGCGAAUACCUCGCUACAUACCUGACUACUGCAGCGGGUAAGCUGAACAACGCCAAUGCUACGGAAGGUUGUGAAUACUGUUCUCUCCGCUCCGCGGAUCAGUAUCUAGCCGGGAGGAAGAUCUCUUGGGAUGAUCGUUGGAGAAACUAUGGUAUCUUCUGGGCCUACAUUGUGUUUAAUGUUUGUGCGGCCAUUGUGUUUUAUUACCUCUUUAGGGUGAGGCCGUAUAAUAACAAGACGAAGGCCAGGAAGGCCUGAGUGGUGAUGUAUGAGUGGGAGGGGGAUUAUAGAUGGGGUGGAUGAUGUUGGGUUGGUUGUGGUUAGGUUUGUGGGGCUGUAUAUACCUGAAUAGAGGAUAGCUUAGAUUAGAUUAGAUUAGAUUAGACUAGGGGAGAAAUAUUUAUCGAAAGUGUUGG